AUGGGGGUCCAAGAGGACAGAGUAUCCGUGAAGCCACCUGAUGGAGGCUGGGGUUGGAUAGUGCUCCUUGGUUGCUUUGUCAUCACUGGUUUCUCCUAUGCGUUCCCCAAAGCUGUCAGCGUCUACUUCAAGGAGCUCAUGAUGGAUUUUCAUGUGGGCUACAGCGAUACGGCGUGGAUCUCCUCCAUCAUGCUGGCCAUGCUGUAUGGGACUGGUCCUUUGUGCAGCAUUCUAGUCAACAAGUUUGGUUGUCGACCAACCAUGCUAGUUGGUGGUUUACUGGCCUCAGGAGGAAUGGUGAUGGCCUCUUUCACCAGGAACAUCAUUGAGCUCUACCUGACUGCAGGUGUGGUUACAGGUCUGGGUUUGGCCCUGAAUUUCCAACCCUCACUGAUUAUGUUGGGAAGCUACUUUGAUAAGCGGCGCCCUCUAGCCAAUGGCCUGGCGGCCGCUGGGAGUCCAGUCUUCCUUUCAGCUCUGUCUCCACUAGGGCAAGUCCUUCUGAAGACAUUUGGCUGGAGAGGAGGUUUCCUUAUCAUGGGAGGGCUUCUCCUGAACUGCUGUACAUGUGGAGCUGUGAUGAGGCCGCUGGAGACGAAGAGGAAACGAGCCUUACGAGUCACCCGGGAUCCACAGGAACUAAAGGAGAUGCUGCCCACUGGGCAACUGGCCAAAAAAGAAAACAUGGGAAAGAUGAGCAAGAAGCACAAAAAGCAAAAGAAGAAGCUUUUGGACUUCACUGUGUUCCAGAACCGUGGGUUCAUAAUUUAUACGGUAGCUAAAUUUAUUACUGUCCUGGGCCUUUUUGUACCCACAAUUCUCUUGGUGAACUAUGCGAAAGAUAUGGGUGUCCCGGACCAAGAAGCUGCCUUUCUACUCUCCAUUAUUGGGUUCAUUGAUAUUUUCGCUCGGCCAACCUGUGGGUUUUUUGCUGGCCUGCAACGGCUGAGGCCUAAAGUCGCCUAUAUUUUCAGCUUCGCUUUGCUCUUUAAUGGACUCACAGACGUGUGUUCAGCAAAAGCAACCGACUAUACAGGUCUGGUUAUCUUCUGUGUAUUCUUUGGCAUCUCCUACGGCAUGGUGGGUGCCCUGCAAUUUGAAGUCCUCAUGGGUAUUGUUGGAUCUCAGAAAUUCCCCAGUGCUCUUGGCCUGGUGCUGCUUAUUGAGGCCUUGGCUGUGCUUAUUGGGCCUCCAUCAGCAGGCCGCUUAGUUGAUGCAUACAGAAACUACGAACUGAUUUUUUACAUGGCUGGCACUGAGCUCAUUGCUGCUGCCAUCUUCCUUGCACUAGCAUCCUUCUGCUGCAUCAGGAAGACUGAGCAUCCAUCUCCCUCAGGGCCCGAACAUGAUGAUGAGACACACAUCCAGAGAAGACACCCAGACUUGGACUCCAAGAAAGUUGCUUUCAAAGAUGGGAUAGAAGAUGACGGCAUGCAAAGGGUCAGCGUCCAUGAGGAUGAGCAAAGCCAAGAUCACCAAAAGCACAUGGAGGAUUGUUAG